AUGGCUUCAAGGAGAUCUGCCCAGCGGGUCCCGGCUACCACUUCUCCGCCUCCGACCUGCGCUACAACACUCGUUUCCUGGGCUCCGACCUGCCCCGCGUGCCCGUCAGCCACCAGCAGGGGGGGCGGACGGCUGCCCCACCCGCCCUGGCCCCCCCCUCCCGCUGGAGUGCCCAGCCCACAGCACCGGGGGGGCAGCGCCCUGCCCAGCCCCCCCCAACCCUGCCACCUAUCCCCAAAGCUGCCCGGGAGGGGCCAACCUCAGAGCCCAGCAGCGUGUGCGAGCGGAACCCCGAGAUCUGCGGCCCGGGGCGCUGCGGCCCUCGCCAGGGCGGCUACACCUGCCUCUGUCACCCCGGCUUCUGGCUCAGCACCCAGGGCACCCACUGCAUCGACAUGGACGAGUGCCGGCAGAGCCCGCGCCCCUGCGCCAACGGGCGCUGUGAGAACACUGUGGGGAGCUACCGCUGCGUCUGCGGCCCCGGCUACCGCGCGGCCCCCCCGGGCACCGAGUGCCGAGACAUCGACGAGUGCGCCCAGAGCCCCCGCCCGUGCACCCAGGGCCGUUGUGAGAACACGCCCGGCUCCUACCGCUGCGUCUGCCCCGCCGGAUACCGGCCCAACCCCCCUGGCACCAGCUGCACCGACAUCGACGAGUGCGCCCAGAUCCCCCGCCCGUGCGCCCAGGGCCUCUGCGAGAACACGGCCGGGAGCUACCGCUGUACCUGCCCUCGGGGCUACCGCGCCAGUCCAGCCGGCACCGAGUGCCUGG